UUAAGGAAAUAUUUUCGAUUUCCACAGUUCCAUGCAACUUGCAAAGAUGGCUACGGGUGCAGAAAAGCCCUCCGGCUACUUAGGGUGGUUGGGAGAAUCGACUUUCUUUGAACUACAGGGGAGAUCUAUGCCUUGUGGCCGUUAGUUCAGUAGGCCAUGAUCUAGAGUGUGAAUCUGUGCUCCGUGGCCGUAACUGAAGUAGGCUAUGACAUUCACCCAUUUGGCCAUUUCAAGUUUAUUGAUUUAUUAUCCAAUUAUAAUUAUAAAAGAUAAACAGUAACAAAUAUUAUGCUCAUGUUAGUGACCAUAUGAACAAAAAUUUGUUUCUUUUGUAUAAAAUGGAGAACAAUUUCCAACAUAAUUUUAUUCUUCACAAUUUACCUAUACGAGAUAGAACAGAUCAAGACCCAGAUUACAAUGAAGCUGCACCUCCUGAUAGGAAACGAUUGAAGCAUUUAGAGGAAAAUGCAAGAACACAUCUGGGGGAGCGUGUAAAACACAUUUUGAACAAUCAUUUUGAGCUAGAAGUGAGUAGGCAGCACAAUGAAAUUUUGGAAAUUGACAAAUGUAUUUCAAGAGUACAACAGAAGUUGCAAAUACUAAGAUAUGUAGCCAACAAGUCAUUUUUCUCUCCCAAAAUUCUACAAAGUACCAUGCCUUCUGCAUCUCAAACUACCAUGCAUCCUGCAGUAAAGAAUGUGCUUGGCAAAAGACCUGUUAAGAUGACAGAUUUCACAAAUGCUUCAGUUGAACAUACUGAAGAAGUGUCAAGAAAUUCAGCAAAUCCUGAAAGCUUAAAAAUUCCCAGAUACAUUCCUCCUAAACUUCCUGACAGAAUUGUUGCAGCUCCUGUUCGUGGUGAACUUCACUGUUUGAAGAAAAAACUUAUUAUUGGAAAUGUUUCUAGAUGGAUACCUGUUUCAGAAAGAGAUGAUACAGCUAGUCAUAAGUGGAUGGUUUACGUACGGGGACCAAAAGAAGAACCGAAUGUGUCAUCUUUCGUCAGUCGUGUAAUCUUUUUUCUUCAUCCUAGCUAUGCCCCUCACGAUACAAUUCAUGUUGAAUCUCAUCCAUUUCACGUGACGCGACGUGGAUGGGGAGAAUUCCCUCUGCGAAUUCAAGUGCAUUUUCAGAACCCUCUUUGCAAGCCAGUGAACAUAAUUCACAAUCUGAAACUUGAUCGAAGUUACACUGGAAUUCAAACAUUAGGAGCAGAAACGAUUGUUGACGUUAUGGUUUACGACUCAAAAUUGAUUAGUUCGCUAUUCGGUGAAAAUAUUUCACAUGUAAGUAUGAAAAGGGAUCCGGAAGAAAGAUCAGAACCAGGUGAUGAGGCUGCUGUCAAAAUUGGAGUCGGUGGAGAAAAUGAAGCGCUUGCUAUGAUGACUCAUAAUUCAAACGUAUUCCAUAAUCCUCAGUGUACCGAAGAAAUUACAUCGUCCGAUGCGGCUGUCGCUCAACAUGUUCAGGUGUCUGGCCGGAGCUAUUCGAACGAGACUGCACAUGAGGAUGGAAAACCAAAGGGUGAAUGCCCCUUAUUGGAAUUCAGUAAUGAUACGGAAAUCGGCGAACAAACUAAUAAGUCGAACUGGUGUUCUAACGAAGGAAAAAAUCAAGUAUGUGAAUCUAAAAUUGUUAUUCAAGAUCACGACUACUUUGGAAGGGAGAAUGAAACACCGAAAGCAAAUAGUUCAUCUCUACAGAAAGUCAGCACCAAUGUCGAGGAAUUCAGAGAUGCCUUUCAGAGUUUGACAUCGACUUCGUGUAUCACGCCAACCCCUUCAUUGCCGUUUUCUUCAAUAGCUGAUUCAGCAACUAAUCCAGCAACUAACUCAGUUUUGGUUCGUUGUUUUAACAAAAAUGGGACAACUUUCAAGCUCCCACUGGCUCUUCUUCGAAAUGCUGUGAUCUUGCAACCAUACCGUGUCGCCAAAGUUGGAGAGUCUUUAUUGCGUUCUCCAGCACUCAAAGCUACUACGGAAUCGCCUGCCAAUGCUAUUCAACCAGUUCUUGGGAAAGUUAUUGCAUCAAUUCCAAGGCCGCAUACGUCUUUUAAACCUGAACCGAAUAAGCUCGAGAAAAUCAGUGGUGAAGCCAGAUUUGCCAACGAGCGCAAACAGUAUGAUGCAGUUUUCGAAAAAAUUUACACAAUGAGGUGGAGCAACGUGAAAGAUUGUGUUCGUGUUUUGGCUCGAGAUCUUUGCCUGGUGAAUUCGAAAGCCGAAGAUCCCGUUUAUCGUUCUGUGCGUCCGUAUACGUCACCUUCGUUAGAAAACUUUGAUUCCUGGAAUGUAGGAAAGCGAAGAAGUGCUGAAUGGACGCGUGCCAAACUUAUACGUCUAGCUCUUGAAAAAUGUUCCUUUACGAGUGGUGAAAGCAUUUGGACUACCAAGAUGAUAAUGAGCUGGUGCAGAAUGCAGGGGUAUUCUCCAAUGUGUUGCUGGUUUAAGACUUCAGCUGGACAACAACCUUUGGCCCACUCAGCAGUGUUAACUCAGGAGACGACCACUCUUACCAAAACUGAACUUCGAAGUUCCGUUUUGGCCUCCGAUGACGAGGAUGAAACUAUCGAAGUAGAAUCGUUAAAAGAUGACGUUGAUACUCCUUCGUUUUCAGCUCAGUUCCCCAAAGCUUCAUUUCUAUUCAAUGAUCUUGAUCCAGAUUUGACAACUUGGAUUGCCGAUUCCAUUGAAAAGCAUGGAUUUAAACUGGGUGCUGAGUUGUACGAAAAUUUUCUAAUUUCGUUUUCACGCCUUUUGCUAUCUCACGUUUGGAGAGAAAUUACUGAAGAUAUAUUACGGCGAUCUUUAAGUGAAUCCUGGCUUCGAACGCAAGGUGCUAUACCAGAUGAGAUAUCGUGGGUGGAUACCUAUCGUGCGAUAAGCAACCGUCCACAAUUCGAUAUUCUCACAAAUGCCGGGAUGGGAGUGGAAGAAAGUGCCCGCGAUACAAACUUGAACACUUGACUUGAAUUGUAAUGCAGUUGUUCCCGCUUUGAAGGUGAAAUAAAUCGGUGAUAAUUGUCGAUUCCCUUACAGAA